UCUCGUUCGAGUCACGUGGAAACGAAACAGUUGAUCCCAACCUGCAUCCAACCUCGAUCUGCUCGCUCUUCCGCUCCAGGCAGCACUCAGGCAGCACCUAUCCGGCCUAUACGUUUCUCAACUAGCAGCCCUCCAACGGCCACCGCGCAACCAACGCCACCAUGAGCAUCCCGUCGGGCAAGCAUGUUGCUGUCGAUGAGGCGAGCAGUAGCUCCGCAGCCGGCUUCCGAUCCCAGGCCAAGAUGACCGUCGAGCGUCCCAAGCAGGAGGAUCUCCAGCAGAGCUACGCCUCCAUCGUCGGCAACGAUGCUAACGCCAAGGGCUGGUACGGGAGCAUGAUCAAUGCCAUCGGCGCCUGCAUGGGCACGCUCGGAGCCAUCCCCUGCGUCAUCUGCUGUCCGAACCCGUACAAGCAGGUGAGCCAGGGCAACGUCGGGCUCGUCACCAAGUUCGGAAAGUUCUACAAAGCUGUCGACCCCGGCCUCGUCAAGAUCAAUCCUCUCAGCGAGAAGCUGAUCCAGGUCGACGUCAAGAUACAGAUCGUCGAGGUCCCGAGACAAGUCUGUAUGACUAAGGAUAACGUCACGGUUGAUCUGACGUCGGUCAUCUACUAUCACAUCAUAUCGCCCCACAAGGCCGCCUUCGGUAUCACCAACGUGCGCCAGGCCCUCAUCGAGCGCACCCAGACCACGCUGCGCCACGUGGUCGGCGCCCGCGUUCUCCAGGACGUCAUCGAGCGCCGCGAGGAGAUCGCCCAGAGCAUCGGCGAGAUCAUCGAGGACGUCGCCACCGGCUGGGGUGUGCAGGUCGAGUCCAUGCUCAUCAAGGACAUCGUCUUCAGCCAGGAGCUGCAGGGCUCGCUGUCGAUGGCGGCCCAGAGCAAGCGUAUCGGCGAGUCCAAGAUCAUCGCCGCCAAGGCCGAGGUCGAGAGCGCCAAGCUCAUGCGCCAGGCCGCCGACAUCCUGUCCUCCGCCCCGGCCAUGCAGAUCCGCUACCUCGAGGCCAUGCAAGCCAUGGCCAAGUCCGCCAACGCCAAAGUCAUCUUCCUACCCGCCGCGAACCAGACCGUGAACCUCAGCGCUUCUAUCGCCAACGCCGCUAAGAACUACGAAGAGCUGGGCGAAUCCAGCGGGGGCGCCGGCGCCGACCCCGGAUUCAGCCAGGCCCUGAACGCCCGCGUCAUCGAGAACAUUUGAUUUCGCCUCUAAACACCCCCGGAUUAUGCCUUGUUUCUUUUUUCUUUGUAACACUAAAAAAAAAAACAUUAGGACUUCCCUGCUAUGUGGCUUAAUUACGGCUGCUUGUAUUCCCGACCUUACUACGCAUCCUUGUUUGAAUGGGUACACAUUCCUACGCGGAUUAAUGAUAGGCCACGUCGGUCGGACGAACGGUCGAACGACGAUUUACGGGCAGGGGAAUCGGCUUGGUGGCGACAGGUGGGCCAGGUGUGAGAUAGGAUCGCGCGUAAUGAGGGCGUGUACGGACCCGGUCGAGACGAAAUGAAAGGGAAACCGACUGGACCGGUCGGUAGUGGGAGAGGUGGAAAGGGGGGGAAGGCAGGCGCAUGACAACCAACGAUACCCCCAACUAUGGAUACCCGGCUGAUACCAUUCGCUUUGACGGGGUGUUUGCAGUAGC